AUGGCCGACAGUUGGGAUGCCCACAGGGCAGAGAUUGAGCAACUCUACAUUCAAGAAAAUAGGACUCUGAAGUAUAUUGCAGAGUUCAUGACCAGCAAAGGCUUCCGAAAGACCAAAUCGCAGUACGAGACGCAAUUCAAGAAAUGGGGCCUUCGCAAAAAGCAAACCGUACCGCGUAAUGCCAACUGGGACUUCAUUGCAAGGCGGGUUGAGAAACGAAAGCGGCUCCACGGAAAAGAGAGCGAGGUGGUUAUCGAUGAGGAAACAAUUCCUCGUGAAAAGGUCAGGAAGCUACAAUACGGGAAGACAUUUGUGUCGACAGCAGCCAGAUUCUCUGGAUAUGGAGCGCCAUCCCCCAAAACACCGGAAGGGGUAGUUGUUAGAACUCCACCUUCCAUUGCCAGACUGGCUGGCCAGGCAUGGUCUGGAGGCCUGAGUCUGGCCUGGAGUCCGUCUCUUCCGUGGCUUCAGUUCACCAAACUCUUGCAUGUCAACCAGAAUCGGGACCUGCCGGCCUUAUCGUCCGUCAUAUCAAUUCCACUUUCCAGUGAAGUCUCCGUUCAACCAGAUGUGGAGAAAGAUGAGUUGAUACACCUGGAGAAUGCAUUUCCUUUGGAGAUUCGGUCCAAGUUGCUUCAUAUGGAUACCGACUCCAGAAUGAAAGCAAUGCUCAGCAUGUUUAUGCCAGAAGAAUACGAAGGGCAGCACCAGCUGACGCAGACAAACCGUUUGAGCACAGAGCUUUAUAUGUUAUCCAACAGCCUUCAGCCGUAUGACGAAUUGCACAGCUUCUGGGAAUAUAACGAUCGCCUGCUGGCCAUGAUUCGAACCUUUGGCUGGCACAAGGGCUGUCAAUUUAAAAUUCUUCUAGCAAGCCAAGAGCCAACAGUCGAGGCUAUAGUGGAGAAGAUCUUCUCAAGCGCGGUAUGUGAGGUGGAUAUAGAGGUCAUGAAGCUGAUCCUCGAAGCUGGGAUGGAUCCAAACUCCCUCGUCGACAGUGAAAUCGGGUUACGCACACCCUUGCAGGUGGCUGCCACUGUCACCGACAGCAGAGGGGCGGAGAUGGCCGAGCUCCUCAUCUCCCGUAAAGCUGAUAUCCAACUGAUACAGAGUGGUGACUCCGCUCUACGUAUGGCGAUUGGAUACAGAAAUGGCUGGGUAAUUGAGGUGUUGCUGCGCCACAAUGUUGUUGUCGACAUACAGUGCCUAGCAGCGGCGACGAGCAAAGUUGAUGCGAAUCUCUUCGAGAAACUUUUGGCCUCCUUCGCUGAUAUAAAAAGACUGGGCUACAAUGAACUACGAGGGAAUGUCAAGUCUCCCUUAUUCAGCGCGAUUUCUGCGAACAAGGAGAAGUUGAUUGAAGUGUUACUGCGUCAUAAUGUUGUUGUCGACAUACUGUGCCUAGCAGAGGCGACAAGAACUGUUGAUGCGAAUCUCUUCGAGACACUUUUGAAGUCCUGUCCUGACGUAACCGGCUUGAUCUACAACGCAGAUAUUAAGUUUCCAACGCAACGCGGCAAUAUAACGCUGCUAGGAGCAGCAGCAAAAUCUGGAAGGCUUGAAAUUAUCGAGACAAUACUUCGGGUUUGCCCAGGCCUUGUCAACCCUAGAGAGCUGGAGGCCACAGGCGGAGCAGACUAUGUCUCCCCUAUUUCAGCCGCCAUCGCGAACAACCACAUGGAAGCACUGAAGGCUCUUUUAGACGCGGGUGUUGAUAUAAACUUCGUAAAUGGAUGCGAAGAACCACCACUCGAACAGGCAUUGGCAAGAGAUAACUUUAGGGCAUACGAAAUCCUGGUGGAAAGUGGUGUCACAAUCACUCGGCCACUAUCAUAUCAAAAACUUCGUGUAUUAAUGAGGUUUAUUUCAGGGGAAGAGGAUUGUGUGAGGUCAAUGACGCAGCUCAUUGGCGAAAGUGCACGGGUGAGUCACAAUGUCACUGAAUGGUCUGGGGAGGUGCUCGCAGAGGCCAUCAACAACAAUGAUCUCCUAGUCAUAGGUCUGCUGCUUGAUUUCGGGGCUACUGUCGUCGCAACGAAGGUGAACUACACCUGGAAGAAGACUGCACAGUAUCUGGACACACGGGGAGCUUUACAGGCCAUUCUCGAUGAAAAUGGUGACAAUAUCCUGUUAACAGUAUUAAUGAUGCAGAACUGGGAUCUGGCACAGUGGCUCCUUAUUCGUGCCCCUCUUCUACAGGAUGAAAGACUGUAUUCAGGGCAUACACCACUGUGCAGCGCAGCGAGCAGCAAACAACCUGAGUUGGUCAGACUUAUGCUUAUAUACGGCGCAAAGGUGACUGACCGUGUCCUUUGUAUGGCAAUAAAUCGGAUGGAAGAGGAUGCCAUUUGUGGUGAGUCGGCAUCAGAUGAAGCUCUCGAAGUUCUCCGGCUCCUAUUAAGCGGCUUUACCGGCCCCGCUCCGAAUGUGAUCGUUAUGGCAACACGGAUUUAUUCCCACAAUUUGAGUUUAUGUGACAGUACGAGGCAAGAUACUAAUGUGCUGCAACUUCUACUGUCGGAAGGCGUGGAACCCACGGGUACUCUGGGUGAAGUCGUCGCUGGGGAUUUGAAUGACCCAGUUCAGCCACAAUCAGCCCUAGAGCUGGUAGUAUGGGAUCGCAAUCGAUUGGCCCUGGACAUCUUAACCCAGCCCCAUUACCACUGGGGCGCACAAGCUUUAGGGCGAUGCUUAGCUGUGGCGUGUACUGUAUCUGGCGAAGACUUUGUUGACUCGAUUCUUCAGCGCAACCCAAGGAUGAACGAAUAUGUUCAUACCGACUUCGAGUACGGAAAUGUUAAUUUCUCUACCGCUCUGCAAAUUGCCGUGAGAGAGCAAAAAGUGUCGGUCGUCCGUAAGCUUCUCGGAUUCGCCGAUACCGAUAUCAAUUGCGCUGCGAAAGGACACCGUGGUCGUACGGCCCUGCAGCACGCGGUGGAGAAAGGUAAUCUAGAAUUGAUAACCAUGCUUCUCAACCAUGACGCCGAUGUCACCAGCCCCCCUGCGGAAAAUAGAGGUGCUACUGCAUUACAGCUGGCAGCUAUUAAAGGAUACUUGCCAAUUGCUCGCCGACUGCUUGACCUGGGUGCGGAUGUGAAUGCCGCAGGUGCAGAUAUUGAAGGAAGAAUGGCUCUUGAGGGAGCGGCGGAACAUGGUCGGGUUGACAUGGUUCAUAUGCUCCUUGAGGAAGGGGCAUGGAUACUUGGCGACGCUGGCGAGAAGCAAUAUAAGAACGCGGUGUCACUGGCAAGAAAGAAUGGGCACUACGCGGUGGCGAGGAUGCUAGAGAGGUUCAAGUCCAGGGCGGAACAAGUCCAUGGCCAUAUAUCUAGCAUUGCUGUUGAUGGUGGUGGUGAAGUUUAUGAAGAGGAACAUUCAAUGAUAUAA